AUGGAGAAAUCAAAGACAAAACCAAUCUCUAGCUCUCUGGUGUUUUCGACGUUAUUUCUCUCCGUUGUUUGCUUAGCGGGACUGAUUCACGUCGAGAUCGAGCUUCACGCUCAUCGACAAAUGCUUCAAGUUUUGAAUCAAUCAAAAGACGUGAAACUCGCGCUGAGGAACAUAGCAAUCGACGAAAAGAUGAAUGAGAUGAAUAUUUUAUACCCUUACUCAAAAAAAGACCUUCAAACUCGUCAAAAACGUCACGUGAAAAAUACAGAUGGGAGAUCGAACGCCAAUGUCAGCAUCGACCGUGAAGUGAUCAGAAAAGAAGUACGACUUGCUAUUAACAGCCAUGCUUGUAGCGUUCAGUGCCCAAAAAGCAUCAGGGGAAGACGAGGGAGACCCGGCCCACCAGGUAAACACGGACCUCCUGGGAAACAAGGAAUAAUGGGCCCAAAAGGAAACCAUGGUCCUCAGGGCAUCCAAGGACCUCCCGGGCCUAUGGGCCCUCCUGGAGCUAAGGGCGAGCCUGGUAAAUCUAUCUCAGCCCCCUCUAUUGUGACAGCUCCGAUACCAAUAGUGAUAAACGAGACUGGCACAGCCUCUUUUCAAUGUGAAGUUGAAGGAAACCCACAGCCUAAAGUCACAUGGUUAAAGGAUAACUCCACUCUUCUCGCGAACGAACGAAUUGUUCCGUCACGUGAAGGCCUGAUGAUUAAUGACGUAAGGUCAGAAGAUGGUGGAAUGUACACCUGUGUCGCAAGAAAUAUUCUUGGAAUGACGAAAUCCCUGGCUGAACUGACUGUUCAAGUUGGCGCUUCGAUCAUCCAAAAACCCUUAUCUGUUAUUGUUGAAGAAGGACACAAAGCGAGUCUGGUCUGCUUAGCUACUGGUAAGCCGACACCAACUGUCACGUGGCGGAAAGCAGUCGGUCACAUGUCAGAAGAAAGAUCAAGAGUUGUUAAUGGCAGACUGGAAAUAACCAAUGUGACUAAAACAGACAGUGGAGACUACAUAUGUUUGGCAAAGAACUUACUAAACGAGGACUUUGCUUUCGCACAAGUUACGGCGCUGGAGGAACUCAUGUUUACUUUACCUCCUCCGAGUAAAAUUAUGGUAAACGUUUCUAAUGAUUUGAAAAUGAAUUGUCAUGCACAAGGAGCAAGACUAAUCCUUUGGCAGAGGGCAGGCCAAGGUCUUCCUUCAGGUCAUAUCUUUUAUUCAAAUGGGUCUUUGCUUCUUAAAACUGUUUCCCCUGAGGAUGCUGGAUCCUACACUUGCAUCGCGCGAAAUUUCUAUCGAUCCAUAACAGCAAGUACUCUCCUUGAAGUAAGAAACUCAUCGUUAAGCUCUUGUAGUGAAAUUAGAAUACGUUAUAGAGGAACAUCUUCAGGUACUUAUGUGAUUGACCCUGAUGGCAAAGGAGGCGUGACACCCUUCAGCGUGUACUGUGACAUGACUGACAAAGGUGGAGUUGGUGUGACGGUCAUCAGUCACGACAGUGAGAGGAGAACCUAUGUUAAUUACAAAUCUGUUGGUUGUGGCUCGCAAGGAUGUUACAGGAAAGAUGUGCGAUACACUGGGGUCAGCACCGCUCAGCUGGUAGCACUCGCUCGAGUCUCACAGAACUGUGAACAGUUUAUCAAGUUUGAGUGCAAUAAUGACAUAGCUUUCAUUCAGGAGAAUUAUGCUUGGUGGGUGUCACGUGAUGGAACAAGGAUGAACUACUGGGGAGGAGCAACAGGCUCUGAUAACAUGUGCGCAUGCGGAGUAACAAAUUCUUGUUCCAAUGGCAACAAAUGUAAUUGUCACAAUAGUGCCGGUGGCUGGAGAGAGGACAGCGGUCUGUUGACAGACAAGUCUGCUCUCCCCGUGACACAAGUUAGACUCGGAGACUUGGAUAAUUUAGAUGAAGAAGGAUUUUAUACACUAGGAAAUCUCAAGUGUUACGGUGUGGCAUAA